UCUAUCCAACGUCGAGGUAUCGUGCAGCCGUGGUAAUUCUUCCUGCUGGACAUAUGGCGUAAGAAAUAACUAAUCAUAUUUUUUGCACAACAUGCGAAGAAAAUUUUAAACAUAUUUGUUUUUCUUAGGUUUUUUUGACAUAUUCUUCAGCAAAUACAGCCUCGUCCCCAGGUUUUUUUAGUUUUUUUGCAUAUUCGGACGGAACCUAACUUUUUUCAGGUUCUGUCCCAAUGUAAGAAAAAUCCUGAUAAGUCCUGAGGACAAGUAUGCACCACAUCGACCUCCUCCCCCUGGGCACCCUCUGUAUUUGCUGACGGCAAAUUGACGGCUAUUUCACGAUGGCAAUAUAAAGUUCACCUUUGUCUUAACAUUAGUGGUCCUGGAAACAAUGUUGUCAGAAAAUACAGAAAAUGCAUUCACGCGACCAAACUGGUUUUGCUAACCUUUCUUUUACUAGUUUUGAUUGAAAGCGUUAUACAAAAAGUUAUUUUUUCUUAAUUUUCUAAAGCCUUUUCUCUUUGUAAUGGAUAGCUGAAUCUGUGUAUCAAUAAGACUGAAAGCCUCAGGCUAAAAUAUUUGAAACUGUAAUUGUAAAUCUAUUUGCUUUUAACAGUAUUUUUUUACAAAUUAACGUCAUUCUCGUGAAAAUUCAACAGGGUGAGUAUGUGAAAGAAAUAUUAUUUUUCUAAUUUUUUUCACUUUGACAAAAAUUUCUCCUUUACUUCUCUUCAGGCAAAAAGGUGUAAAAUAGAGGACGGGGGUAAUUGUUUGAGUUUUGUUUGUUUAUGCGGCGGAGAAUUUUUUUAAACAAUGUGGUUGUUAUUUUUGAAUAAGGAGAGAGAAUGAGAGACGGAAAUUGUAUUAGUUUACUAGCUGUAGUAUUGCUUGUAGAAAAAUCUCCAUUAUUAACGACUACGGAGAUAAAUUUUUAUUACGUCAUUAAAAAUGAAGGGUUUUUUUAGGAAAUAUUUUUUGGACACUUGCCGCUAUGUGAUGCAAGCUGCUCAAGUGAAUUGAUGGUCAAACUCUCUUUUAAAUAAAACUUUUUUAUAGCUGUCAACUUCUAUUAACAGUCAAUUGGUAUUCUUCCAAUGUCUAAUUAUACCUCAUUUAACAGUUCAGGCAACUUUUUGUGUUAAAAAAAAUAAAAAUAGAAAUUAGAAAUGAGUUUGUUUGUUUUUGUUUUUUUGAAGAAAAUUUAUAUUUUAAAACAAUAGCUAGUUUUUAAACUUUAUAAUAACGUCACCAUCGUGCAAAAUGUAUCUUGUUGAGAGCUGUUUUGUAAACUUAGUAGACAAAACCACUGCGAUUUCCUCUAAAACGAUACUCACAUGACGUUGGCCCAAAAAUGGUCCGUUCUGAGAGAUUUCUCUAUAUUCAAUUUUACUGAAACAUAGUACUUUCAUUCUUAUCUUCGCCGAAUAACUCCUGUAACGUCAAUCUAAUGUUUUCAUGUUGAUUAACAAAUUAGAUAUAUAACAUCUUCUUUGCUUGUUACACACAGACUUACGGUAUUUUUAUAGUCAACUAGUUGUACCUUAUCGAACAUAAAAAUUCGGACAAAAUUUAUUCAAAUAAAAUGUCAGCAUCCUUGAAAAAUUCGGUCACUAUUCCUUGUCUUUAUUUGUUCCAUAGGGCGUGACCCUUUUAAACCAGAUUUUCAAAAAACGGAACACUCCACGUGGAAUGGAACGCGUAUAAGAUUUGUAUUGGUGUCUGUUUCCGGUUACAUAAAUAUGUCUAUUUGUUUACUGGUCAUCCGUAACUAUGACAACAAAGUAAUCAAUAUGAUACACGCUACGUGUAAUCGUUGCACGCUUUUUUCGCAAAAAAAUGGUGCAGUGACAUUUGUAGUUUUCAAAAACUUGCUCAUUUAAAAUGCGUGUUCGUUGAUUCAUGUGAGUUACAAAAACAUUUUUUGACGACAAACGCAUAAUAUAACACCCUGUUUUGUGGUCACGUGGUCAAAAUAAGCGAAGCUCGGUGGUCAUCUGGUUAUAUGAUACGAGAUCAAGAUGCUAUAAACUUUAAUAAUGCUCCAACAUCAUUGAAUUUAUGCUCAUGUUGCUUAUGUUUUCUGUUCUCCCGAAAGUAUAUGCCCCGAAGGUUCCUCUUGCUACUAUUUUUCAAGGCUGGUUAUACAAUUUUCACGGCUUUUUACGGCUUUUUGCGGCUUUUUGCGGCUUUUUGCGGUUUUUUGCGGCUUUUUGCGGCUUUUUACGGCUUUUUACGGGUCUUUACGGCUUUUUACGGUUUUUUACUUCAUUGCUUGCUACUUCUUGUUUCCGAAUUUAUUCAUUCUUAUUUUGUGAUUUCCAACUCAUUAUUGCAGACAACAGACAAUAAUAAGGAUCCGGACAAUUGGUGUGCUUGAAUCUCACACUUUUCCUUAGGGUUAAUCUCUGUUAAAGAAAGAAAAAUAUUUUACAUAGCUCUCCUGUCAAAUAACCAUCUCGCGGAUUACGAAUGGCCAAGCAUGCGACGCAAUAUUUAUAUGUUCUUUUUAUAGAUUGAAUAUUAUCCAAUCACUGGAUUAUAUAUCUGUCACCUCAACCAAUGAUAUGACACGAAAAGUUCAAGUGCACAAUUUUCAUUGGCUAAUAAUUUCCUUAUAAAACUUUUAAAGGCUACAUCAACAAAGAUGACACCAUUUUAGAGUGUACCUUUUCGCAGUCAAUUCUGAUGCAGAGCUCUGGAAUUUUUUCAUCUAUUUACUUUUUUAUUUCUAAUAAAAUUGUGUCUUUUUGUUUUAGUGCUGUGAAAUUAGCAGAAAAAUAAUAGUAAAAACUUUAAAGGUAAUUUGUCGUAGCAAAGAAAAAACUGACCUAAAAUGGCUGACAAAGACACCAAUCGGCCAUUAUGUACACAGCAACAAGGUGUGCUACAAACAGAGUCUGGCUUGGAACUACACGCAACAACACAAACAACAACAACAACAACAGUAGCAGCGCGAAAACUGAAAAAAGAAUCUGACUACACUGCAUCGAAGACAGCUUUUAAAAGCGACAUGGUGCAAAACUUAUCCAAUUAUAUCAAUGACGCGACGCGAUGCUCACAACAAACGUCAGAAACCAGCGUAAUAUCGCAACAUGACGGAGUACAAAAACGAAUUGAGACUAGCGUCCGAGUUAGCCUCCAAAAUAAAGACAUGUGGACAAAAUUUCAUAGCGCUGGAACUGAAAUGAUCAUUACUAAAGCUGGAAGGAGAAUGUUCCCAGUCAUCAAGAUUAAUAUAUCGGGAUUAAAUCCGAAACUGAAAUACAUGCUUGUGUUGGAUAUCGUGCCGGUGGACGACAAUCGUUAUAAAUAUCAUAAUUCAGAAUGGACCGUGGCUGGAAAAGCUGAACCGCACCUACCGGGAAGGUUAUAUGUUCACCCGGACGGACCAUCAACCGGUGCACAAUGGAUUAGGCAGACCGUCAGUUUUCAGAAGGUGAAACUGACCAAUAAUCAUCUUGACCAAUUCGGACACAUAAUUCUAAAUUCAAUGCACAAGUAUCAGCCUCGUAUUCAUAUUGUACAAGCCAAUGACAAUUCAGCAGAAUCAUUACGCAAAAGUACCUUCACAACCCACGUGUUUCCUGAAACUGAACUCAUUGCAGUGACGGCGUAUCAAAAUCCACGGAUAACGCAACUGAAAAUUGAGAAUAAUCCAUUCGCGAAGGGGUUUCGUGGCGCAUGCAACACAGAUUAUCAUGGAAUGAAAAGAUACCACGAUCAAGAACUAUUUUAUACAACAAAGCGAUCAUACUCUAGUGCGUAUAGUCCUCCAUCUCUACAAGGUCGGCACAUGACUAAUGGUAUGUUCAUGCCGAGAUCAGGCUAUUUGCAGGACGCUUACGGUAUUCCUACUCGAUAUACACCAUCUGAGUAUCCGUACACCAUUCCAUCGUACACGUCUAAAACAUGCAGUCCUAUACAACCAUCAUGGCAUACCAAUGGUGACCAAAGACAUGACUGCUCUUCACCGAAUUCCACUGAGUUGUGUAAUCCAUCAAGUUUAGCCGUUCCGCCUUUAUCACACCAGCCAGUUCUUCCUUCGUAUUCGCUGUCAGCACCAUACGGUGUUACUACAUCUCAGAUGUCGUUGUACUCAUCUAGUGGGGCCCAAAACGAAACAAGCUAUAGUACGCAGGAGUCAAAGCCAUCGUAUGAUGCAUGGCAGCCCGCAGAAACUCUUUAUCCCUACCACUGAUUCUGUGUGCGCUUUUGUUGGAUAUGAGCGUGUAAAUGAAGUACCAGCCUAUUUAUAUAAACAUGUAGAGAUUUGUAGAAUUGAUGACUCGUCCAUAUUUGUGACAACAAGUAUAUUUAAAAAACUCGACCUUUGACCUUUCAAUAUUUAUUAUUGCAUGUCACGUUUUUGUAAAUUUGGUGUUUUGUUUACAUGAUUGAUCAAGAAAUUCUACCUACAAAACUUGUAAAUUAACCUAUAUUCGUACCCAGAUCGUUUUUCUAAACAAUAUUAGUUUUAGGACGUGCGCAACUGUGGAUAAACUUAAAAAAUAACGGUGCUAAAUUAUAUUUCGUUUAGUAUUAUAUAAGAAGGAAAUCGGAUCUAUGUUUCCUUAUAAUAAAUGAAAUCGGAUUUGCGCUUUCUUUAUCGGAUUAAAAACGUAUUGUUUCUUGAUCGUAGUUUUACCUACCCUAACUUUGUUGUUUUUUAAGUGUUUCGUGUUUUUGAGAAAAAGAGAGUUUUAUUUGUUAAAAAUAUUAUUUAAAACAAAAUUUACAUGUAUUUUUUGUUUACUUUGUCACCAUCGCUAAAUAUUGCGAGGUCUAGUCCGGUUUUUUUCUACUUUUUAAAAAACGGGCCAGCUAAAGACAAAAACCUUAACCAAACUAUACAUUAGAUGCUAAGAACUUUUGACUGUAUCACAUGUGUAGUAACCCGCUUUAAACA